ACUGCCGCUGGGAAGUACUGGACCCUCACACCCUCUGGCGGGCUCCAAUGCACCGCCACCACCAAGUCUUCAGACACCUACUUUGAAUUGGAGUGGUGUGAUGGGCGUGUGUGCAUGCGUGCUGCCAAUGGGAAGUACGUGAUGGCCAAGAAAAAUGGACAACUUGCCGCCACUGUUGAGAACACAGGGGAGGCCGAGCUGUUCCUCAUGAAGCUGAUCAACCGGCCAAUCAUUGUGCUCCGUGGAGAGCAUGGUUUCAUUGGUUGCCGUAAGGCGGGCAUGGCAACGCUGGAUUCCAACCGCGCCUCUUACGAUGUCUUCCAGCUUGAGUUUCACAACGGAGCCUACUCGCUCAAAGACUCCCAGGGGAAGUACUGGAGCGUCGGGGAUGACAAGGCAGUGAGCAGUAACAGCCCCACCCCUGUCCAGUUCCUCUUAGAGUUCUGCGAUCUGAACAAGAUGGCCAUCCGGGCCCCAGGGGGGAAGUACCUCAAAGGAGACCACGCUGGAGGGCUCAAGGCCAAUGCUGACUCAAUAGACAGCGCCACCUUGUGGGAAUACUGAAGGAUCUGACUUCAGCACAAUGUAAUCUCACAAUGGGUUGGUUCAUGCUAAUGUUUUUGUGUAUUUUAUUGUAUUCAUUGGCAUCCAUUCCCCUUUGGAUUUUGACUGGAAAUCUGCAUUUACAUUUACAAGUCUUAGUGUAAGGGCUUGAAUCAUCACACGUCGAAUGGGAAGUAUAAUUCCUGGUCAUAUGUGUAGACCCUAUUAACAUUUUAGGAGAAUGGUAAAAGUAGUCAUUAACAUGAAUCUCUUGCUACCGUAUUAACCUAAGUGUAAACAAAUACAUCUCACGUUGCAUCUAUGUGCUGUAAAUAAUGCCUUCUUUGCCUCAAGCACAAAAAGAAAAUCUUUAUAACUGGGAAAAUGUUAGGUGCACAAUUACGCUAAGCUUGGUAUAGGAAACCAAAUGUGAUGGGCUUGCAGACAGGCAGGUGACAUAAAUCAAUAGGCCUGUACAUUAUUUCGCAUUGCUGCUACAGAGUGAAACAUACAGUGAGGGGAAACAGACUUGUUUUGUGUGUUUGCAGUACACAUCUUAUAUGAAGCACAUCCCCCACAAGAAAACUUGCAACACAGAAACAAGUCGACUGUAUUUGCUGUCGCAUGGAGGUUGUGCCUUGCACAACCUCCAUGUUGUUAUCCAUGUUGUUAUCAUGUGUAUUUUCUAUAUAUUCUCCCAUGUUCAACGCCCUCAAUGAAGCUUUGACAAUAAAGUGUUCUCUUGUCAAGUGAA